CUGAAACCGUUUUAAAAUGGAUUGGAAUCGAGAAAUUCAAAUUAAUAUCGCACCAAGCAGCGGAAAAUGAUUUUUCCAACUCUUUUGCUCGUAUUUUUGGUAAACGUGUGCAGUCGUCCCGUUGAAGCGGACAUCUGUGAAUCCAAAGCAAAAAUAGUAUGUUAUUUUGCCAGCUGGGCCAUCUACAGGGACGAAGAUGGCAUGUUUGACACCAAUAAUAUAGAUCCAACUUUGUGUACUGAUAUUAUCUAUAGUUUUGCUGGGUUGGACAUAAACCUACAGAUUGCAUCGUUGGAUACGAAUGCUGACAUCAAUCGAGGUGGUCUCAGUAACAUAACAGCAUUAAAAGAAAACAACCCUUGUGUCAAGAUAUCCCUCGCUGUUGGAGGAUGGGGCGAAGGCUCUAUAAAAUACUCUGUGAUGGCAUCUUCGCAAGAUUACAGGGACAAAUUUGCCGACAGCGUUUUGAAAUUUAUCACGUAUUACAAUUUCGACGGCAUAGACUUGGAUUGGGAAUAUCCAACCAGCAGAGGAGGCAUUGCAGAAGAUAAAGAUAAUUUCGUUGUUCUACUAAAAACGGUCAAAGAAAAAAUUAGUCCUUGGGGAUUCCAGUUAUCUAUCGCUGUCGGCGCUGAAACUAUCUAUUAUAACAUUCCAGAAAUCUACAAAUACGUUGACUACAUCCAUAUUAUGGGUUAUGAUCUCAUCCAAAGCACAUCAAAUGUCACAGGAUUGAGUGCCCCAUUUACACCAAUUAAAGCUUCUAUAAACGCCUGGUUAGAAGGAGGUACACCAGCAUCAAAACUGAUACUCGGAGUACCUGCAUAUGGCCAUUGCUUCAACUUGCUUGAUGCCAGCGAUCACGAGAUUGGUUCUGCAACAACAACGAACACUUGUGGUGGAGCCUACACUGAUGAAAAUGGUUUCUUGGCAUAUUAUGAGAUUCUACUGUUGUUAAAGAAUGGAUAUUGCGAUGGAACUGAAGUUAGUGACGAUACUGUGUACUCGUGGUGUGGAGAUGAGUGGCUUACCUAUGAUAACGAGGAGACUGUAGCCACUAAAACUCAAUAUGUCUUAGACCAGAGUUUAGGGGGAGUGAUGGUAUGGUCCCUUGACACUGACGACUUUCUUGGUUUGUAUGGCAACAAACACGCUAUAGUCAGCACUAUAUACAAUACCAUAAAUUCAGAUGCUUCGUUGUUUCUUGAAAACUACGAUUAAAUUAAAAAUAAAGUUGUUAUUUAAAAAA